AUGGUGGGGAUUGAAGCACACUUGGAGAAAAUGCAGUCUUUGCUACAUUUUGAUGAUGAGGAUGGAGCUAUGAUUGUUGGAAUCUCUGGUCCUGCGGGAAUUGGUAAAACUACCAUUGCCAGAGCUUUACAUAGCCGACUCUCUAGCAGUUUCCAUCUUACUUGUUUUAUGGAGAAUGUUAGCGGAAGCUAUAACAGGGGUCUUGACGAUCAUGGAUUGAAGCUGAGUCUACAGGAGCAACUUCUUUCAAAGAUUUUAAACCAAAAUGGUAUGAAGAUAUACCAUUUAGGUGCUAUACCGGAAAGGCUAUGGGACCAAAAAGUUCUUAUCAUUCUUGAUGAUGUGGACGAUCUAGAACAACUUGAGGCUUUGGCUAAUGAAGCUAGUUGGUUUGGUCCUGGAAGCAAGAUUAUUGUAACCACGGAAUAUCAAGAUCUUUUGAAGCAACAUGGUAUUAACAAUACAUACCAUGUGGAUUUUCCAACUAAAAAAGAUGCUCGCAAGAUCUUAUGUAGAUACGCUUUUAGACAGAGCUUAGCACCAGAUGGAUUUGAAAAGCUCGUCGAAAGAGCAACAGAGCUUUGCAGCAACCUUCCUUUAGGCCUCCGUGUCAUUGGUUCAACUUUACGAAGAAAAAAUAAAGAUGACUGGGGAGCUAUAUUACGUAGGCUAGAAAAUAGCAUUGAUCGAGAUAUCGAGGGAGUACUUAGAGUUGGAUACGACAAUUUACAUAAGGACGAUCAAUUUCUAUUUCUUCUCAUUGCAUUCUUCUUCAGUUACCAAGACGAGGAUCAUGUGAUGGCUAUGCUCAGUGAAAGUAACUUGGAUGUCAGAUUUGGAUUGAAUACCCUCGCCGAUAGAUCUCUCAUACAAAAAUCCACGGAAGGAAAAAUUGUGAUGCAUAAAUUACUACAACAAGCGGGUAGAGAAGCUGUUCAAAGACAAGAUCAAGGGAAACGCCAAAUCCUAAUUGAUACUGAUGAGAUUUGUGAUGUCCUCGAAAAUGAUUCGGGUAGUAGAAGUGUGAGGGGUAUACACUUUGACAUAUCCACCAUCUCAAACGGUGUGGAUAUAAGCGCAGGCGCAUUAAAAAAACUGCGUAAUCUUCAAUUUCUCAGCAUCUAUAAGACAAGACGUGAUAUAAAUGUUAGAGUGCAUAUAACUGAAGACAUGGAUUUUCCACCUUGUCUAAGGUUAUUACAUUGGGAGGUGUACCCAGGAAAGUGUCUUCCUCCUACAUUUAGGCCCCAUUAUCUUGUGGAACUCAAUUUGAAAAAUACCAAACUAGAGAAGCUUUGGGAAGGGAUCCAGCCUCUUACAAAUCUCAAGAGGAUGAGUUUGGCAGAGUCCGAGAAUUUAAAGGAACUCCCAGAUCUUUCGAACGCUACAAAUCUCGAGAGGUUGCAUCUGGAUCGCUGCGUCAGUUUGGUAGAGAUUCCUUCGUCAAUUCGAAAUCUUCAAAAACUAAAGCGUUUGGAGGUGGCAUAUUGUCUAUUGCUACAAGUUGUUCCGACUCACUUCAACUUGGCAUGUCUUGAAGGCGUCAACAUGUUUGGAUGCUUCCAGUUGAGAAAAAUUCCAUAUAUUUCAAGGAACAUCAUAUCACUCUCAACCACAGACACAAUGAUACAAGAUUUGCCCAAAUCAGUUAGGCUCUGGUCUAGCCUUAAGAAUCUAAAGAUAUGUGGAAGUGGCAAUAUGGAGAACAUUCCAGUUGAGGCAGCAAGUUAUCUAAGGGGACCCCAAGAUAUUGAGGAAAUUCCAGAUUGCAUAAAAGAUCUUCAUCGGUUAGAAGAGCUUCAUAUACUUGGCUGUCCAAAACUUGCAUCACUGCCAGAGCUCCCUGGCUCGCUCAGAACACUAGGAGUAUACGAUUGUAAAUCAUUGGAGACACUAAAAUCUUCCCCUUUUCAGUCUCCAAUUAAAGCAUAUUUCGCCAACUGCUUGAAACUGGGUAAAGAAGCAUGUAGAGUAAUUACCCAGCAAUGUAAUUAUGCAUGGCUACCCGGAAAAAAUGUACCAGCGGAGUUCAAUCAUCGAGCUAUUGGGAAUUCCAUGACCAUCCCUUCAGGGACAAACGAGUUCAGGAUUUGCGUCGUGCUUUCCCCUAAACAGAAGAUGAAAGAAUGCUCAGCCUUAUUGUUUCGUCAAGACGAUUUACCCACGGAAAACAUAUUUGAAGCUAUCCCCAAGCUCGAAACGGAACAUCUAUUUAUAUGUCAGGUUGAAUUACCUGACAAACUGGAGAGUGAGUUGUUGUUGGAAUUCAGCACCACAUCCAAGGACAUCAACGUCAUCGCGUGUGGUUUCCAGAGCUUCAGGGACAAAACCAACAGAAGGCAUAGGUGGAAAGAGAGGUCUUUGUGGCACCAUGAUAUGAGUUGGUAG